AUGGGUCAGCUAACGACGGUGUUCUCGGCCGUCUUCCUGGCCAUAGGAGGUUUCCUCUUCGGCUAUGACUCCGGCAUCAUCACCUCCACGAUCGCUCUCCCCACAUUCGAGGACUACUUCAGCCACCCGUCCGAUACCGUGGCUGGCGGCAUCGUGUCGGCCUUCCAAGGCGGUGCCAUCCUCGGCACCAUCAUCAACAUGUUGUUUGCCAACAAGAUGGGUCGUCGGCACACCAUCUUCGUCGGGUCCGUCGUCUCGUGUCUCGGGUCGGCUCUGCAAGCCGGCGCAGUCAACAUGGCCAUGCUGAUCAUCGGGCGCUUCAUCGGCGGUGUGGCCGUCGGAAUGAUCACCUCGACGAUUCCGAUGUACGCCUCGGAGUUGUCCGAAGCCAAAUACCGCGGCACGCUGUCGGGUCUGCUGCAAUGGAUGUUGAGCUUGGGAUUCCUCGUUGCCCAAUGGCUGGGUUACGGAUGCUCCUUUUCCAACACCCAGUUCUCCUGGCGCUUCCCCCUCGCUUUCCAGGCCGUUCCCGGUAUCAUCCUUGUCGCCGGUGUGUACUUCCUCCAAGAAUCCCCUCGAUGGCUCAUGGAAAGAGACCGUCACGAAGAUGCCCGUCGUUCCCUCGGCAAACUACGAAGCGGCCUGGGCGAAGAAAUCAUCGACCUUGAAUUCCGCGAAAUCCGCGACGUCAUCCUCGCCGACCGCGCCCUUGGGGACAUAACCUGGAAGUCCAUCGUCACGAAGCCAUCAUGGCGCAAACGUCUUAUUCUGGGCUGUGGCGUCCAGGCCCUGGGGCCUCUAAGCGGCAUCAACGUCAUCAACUACUACGGUCCCCGAAUCUACGAGAUCCUGGGCAUCAACACCCAAACAUCGCUCAUGAUCAUCGGGAUCAGUGGGGCCUUGUCCAUCGUGUACUGCACUAUUGGGCUGUGGCUCUUGGACCGCAUCGGUCGUGUCAAGCCCCUGAUCGUCUCUGCAGCCGGCAUGAGCGCGGCCCUGUUGGUCAACGCUGUCCAGGCCCAGUACCUGAAUGAAAACAACGCCAACCAGUUGCGGAGCAUGGUGGCCAUGAACUUCGUCUUCAGCUUGUUCUACACCCCUCUCGGCAUCAUCAGCUGGGUGUAUCCCGCCGAGAUUUUCCCUGUCGAAGUCAGAGCGCUUGGGAACGCAAUCACCACCUUCACUAACUGGACCGUCAACCUCAUCUUCGCCCAGAUCUCCCCAGAGGCAUUGACUGCCAUUGGGUUCCGGUACUUUUACGUCUUCUUCGUCUUCAACCUGGUCGGGAUGCUGUGCUACAUAUUCUUCUACCCGGAGACCAAGGGACGGACUCUCGAGCAGAUGGAUGAGCUUUUCGGUGACCAGUUGGUACCCCACGCUAUGCAGGACUCAGUCGGCGCUGCGGCGGCUGUGUCGAAGGAUGAGAAGAUGGUGGAGCAACUGGACCAUGUCUAG